AUGACGUUUCCCAACAACUUCAACGCAUACCAGUUCGAAAGCUAUGGCCCGAUGGACAAGACCCUUUCGAUCCACUCUGACGUACCACAGAUGCCUAUUGGUUCCAACCAAGUGCGCAUCAAGAUGCACAGUGCUUCCGUGAAUCCCGUCGACUACAUGAUCUUGGAAUUCGCAGGAGAGGCAUUUUUGAAGCGAUCUCCAUCGGCGGACAAGCCAUUUACGAUCGGCAUGGAUGGCGCUGGAGAAGUUGUGGAGGCUGGUAGCGAUGUUCAAAACCUGAAGGUGGGCGAUGCUGUCUACACGAUGCUGCCAUUCACAAGCUUCGGAACGCUCGCCGAGUAUGCGGUUGUCAGCGAGGAAUUCGUUGCGAGGAAACCGAGCAACCUGAACUUCGACGAGGCAGCGGCCGUGCCUCUCGUAGCGCAGACCGCCUACCAGGGUGUAUUUGAGCACGCCAAACUGCAGAAGGACGAGACUGUGCUUAUCUUUGGAGGCAGUAGCUCCGUUGGUAUGUACGCUGUGCAGUUAGCGCACGCCAUCGGCGCCCGUGUGAUCACUACGGCCAGCGCCGGCAAAGCUGAUUUCUUAAAAUCUCUUGGUGCCAACCAGGUCAUUGACUACAGGACGGAGAAGUGGCAAGACGUGGUGGAGCCACACUCUGUUGACGCUGUCUACAACUGCGGCAUGGAGAACGCUGCAUGGAACGAAGGUGCUCAGAAUGUGCUGAAGAAGAACACUGGCCGCUUCGUCACGAUCCUUCCGAUGGCCCAGCCCGUGAAGGAGCCCGAGUUUGGGGCAAAGCUCGUUGGCCACGUUCACGUGGAACCCUCGGCUGAAACGCUGCGCGAAAUCACCAAGUACAUUGAGAGCGGCAAGGUGAAGCCUAUCAUCGACACGGUCUAUCCGUUCGAGAAGGCGCUAGAAGCUUAUGCGAAACUCAAAUCUCGUCAUGCUCUGGGCAAAUUGGUGAUCAAAGUUCUCCGGCGUUAACAGAGUGACUGCGUAGUUAGCUUACUGCAAUUGAGGCCUGUUGUCUGCAGCUUGUAGUGCAUCCGUG